AGUGAAUUCGCAGUAUCAAGUUGACUUCACACGUUAUUUUUUUAAUUUGUUCUAGGGCUACAACAAGAACUGAAAUAUCAUCGCAAUGACGGUUCGUUUAGUGCAUUUGGAAACAACGAUUUUUAUGGGAGCACCUGGCUGACAGCGUUUGUUCUGAGGUGUUUUGGUCAAGCAAAAGAUCUUAUACAGAUUGAUGAUUCUGUUAUGUCGAAAGCUAUGAUUUGGUUGCUGAGAUACCAAAAUAGUGACGGAUCUUUUCGCGAACCAGGAAGAGUCAUACAUUCUCAAAUGCAGGGUGGGUCAUUUUCCGGUGCAAGGAUGUCAGCAUUCAUUCUAAUUUCAUUAUUAGAAAACAGAAAUGUUUCAACUGUUCAGGGUACCGAUGUCACCAUGGCAAUAAGAAAUGCCGCAACCUACUUAGAAGCAGAGCUAAACUAUGUUAGAGAUUCAUAUUCUCUAGCGAUUAUUUGCUACGCUCUAGCAAGUGCCAAUAGACCCUCGAGAUCCACAUGCCACAGGAAGCUGAAGACAGCUGCCUUUCAUGAUGAUGACAAAACCUACUGGAAGGCUAACUAUAGAGUUACAAAAAGAGAAGUUGGUGAUCGUGCAUUACGAAAUAGAGCACCAUCAAUGGAUGUAGAAGCAUCAUCGUAUGCCCUUCUGUUUUAUAUGAAACUUGGGUACUACGCAGAGGCUUUUCCUAUCGUAAAGUGGCUUGUGUCACAACGUAACCCGACUGGUGGUCAACGAUCUACUCAGGACACAGUUAUAUCUAUACAAGCGCUUGCCGAAUUUGCAACUUAUCAAGCCGCUACACCAGGUCCGGAGUAUGGAGUGUUUUUUGAAUUGUCUGAUGGUGGAAAGUUUAAUCACGUGUAUAAUACAAAAUCUUCUACUUUCGAUAUUGUACACACAUUCGAGGUACCUAACGAUGUUGACACAUUCGUGAUUCAAGCAACAGGAUCAGGGUCAGCAGUUAUCGAUGUAUCUACUUCAUAUUAUGUGACUGGCACUGAGACCGAUGAUAACAUCCAAGUUUACACACGAGUGAAAGAAGAGUCGAUAAAUUCCGUAACAAUUCAUCCCUGCUUAAGAUGGGCUGGUAGAAACGAAAGUGGCAUGUUACUCAUGGAGGUGCAGAUGCCUACAGGAUUUCAGUCUGACAAUAAUAUACUAAACAUUCAGAAUAAAAUCAAGAAACACGAAACAAAUGGAAGAAAUAUUGCACUAUAUUUCAAUGGUGUAAAUCCAAAUACAGACAUUUGCGUUCUUGUAAAGAUGGACCGUGUUGACCCAGUUGUCAAGAGUCAAGCCUGUCAUGUGAAAGCAUACGACUACUAUGAUCCAGCCCAUCAAGCAAUAACUAGAUAUGAGUUUGGAUUGCUGAAGGAACCAAACAUUUGUAAAAUUUGUCCUUUGUGUGGAUUCUGUAAUACCGGAGAAGCGAUUGGAGUCGGGCGUUAAGCCGACAAAACUACAUACAUCGCAUGUUUGGAUGUUAAUAACGUAACUGUGCCGGAUAUUAUAUAAUCAGUAUAACUAAUUCUGUUAUUGAUUAACUAUUCAAAAGGUAGAUAUAUAAUUAUAAAGGACAUUUGUUUCCCAGGAGUUCAACUAGCAUACACUUGUUAUAUUUAAAACAUGACAUCAUCAUAGAGAGCUGCAUAAAAAGAUUUUUGAAUUUUUGACAUUUAUUUCCUUAGUCAUCCAUGAGGAUGAGUUAAUGGUUUAUGGAUGACUCUUCUUUGUCUUAACAUUUUGUACAUUAACAGAGAGAAGGUAUUAUUAUUCUCACGUUAAUAUAUAAAUCUAUUAUCAGUAACAAUUAAAUAUUUGUUUUCACUAAUGUUGCAAUUUUAAUGAGUGGGGAAAUUUUUAAAGAGUUAUAUACUAGUAAAUGUAGACCAUAUAUAUUAAGGUAACACAAAUGUAUUAACAUACACAAAUAUAUAGACGUAGAUACGAAUUACUUAUAUCAUUUCUAUAAAUCUUCUUAAUAAAUGAAAUAAAUAAGUUUUAAGCCAAUAAAUGUAUUUUUGCAGAUUUAUGCAUAUUGAUGGAAGAUUGAUUAAACAUGCGAUUGGAUGUAAAUGUAAAAAGGAAAAAAUAACAAUGUAUUAUAUAAUAAUAUCUUAUGUAUUAUAUUUCUGUUAUCAAGACUAACUUAUCAUUCUCGUUAUGGUUACAUGUUAACCAAAAGCAUAUUGUGUCUAAAUCCAAUAGAUUAAUAUAAUUUUACAUUUUUCGUACAACACUUAAGAUAUAUUAAAUUGUUCAAUUAAGAUUAGUGUCGUCAUCGAUAAAGUUCAUCUUUACAAUAUAAUAUCACUAAUUCUAUAAAAAAAAACAUUUUAACCUGAUCAGAUACAUACAUUAUUAUUGGCAAAAUUUAAAUUGAUCACAGGCAAAUGUGCGUUUAAAUUAAAAAAAAAUCUGAAGAAGACAAAAGUUAAAAAAAAGCCAAGAAAAGCGUAAGUUAUAGCAAUUCGCAGUAUUCAUGAUAAUUAAUCAAUAGAAUUAUUUUUUGGCUCAAAUCCUUUUAUCCCUAAAACAUGUUGUAUUUUGUACAUUUGUUUAACACUAGAUACUCUUACCUGCUUAGUAGGGAAAUUACUUUUCCUUAUAUAUAAUAACAUAUUGGAAAUGGUUAAAAGCUAAUGUUCGCAAUGAUAACAGUCAUCAGUCUGCAAAAUUGUGUGUAUAAUAUGAUGAUUCCUUUAGGUGAUUUAAGAUCUUUAACUUUAAAAGCGAUAUCAUAUAUUUACUAUACUUCAGUUUACUUUGUUCAUGUUCUUGUGUUUGAUGUAUCAAAUAAAAUUAUAAUCUUA